AUGGUCAAGGCCCCUCCGCCGCCAGCUCCCACUGGCCCGGGCAUCUACAGUGCCACAUACAGCGGUGUCCCCGUCUACGAAUAUCAAUUUGGACUUGAACUGAAGGAGCAUGUCAUGCGAAGGAGGCAUGACGAAUGGAUCAACGCUACACAUAUACUAAAGGCCGCAGGCUUCGACAAGCCCGCGCGCACAAGAAUCCUGGAGCGCGACGUUCAGAAGGAUGUACACGAAAAGAUCCAGGGCGGUUACGGCAAAUAUCAAGGAACCUGGAUUCCCCUCGAAAGUGGCGAGGCUCUCGCCCAGCGACAUAGUAUUUACGACCGCUUGCGACCCAUCUUCGAAUAUGUCCCCGGCAAUGAGAGCCCUCCUCCCGCGCCUCGGCAUGCCAGCAAACCCAAGGCACCCAAACCGGACAAAUCGCUCCUGCGUGCGCCGGCUGAUGUCACAGGCACCGUCCCAAUGCGCGAUGAUUUUGAGAAUAUCGAUGCCAUGAUGGGCGAAGACGACACGCCCGAUAAUCUCACUAUAGCCUCGGCAUCGCACAUGGCCGACGAGGAUCGCUAUGACUUGGCUCAGAUGUCCACUGGCAAUAGAAAGCGCAAGAGGGAGGACCCGCAAGAUGUCACAGACCAACAGCAUGGCAUGUAUGGCGACGAACUCUUGGACUACUUCUUGCUCUCCAGGAAUGAGCAGCCAGCAGUGAAGCCCGAUCCCCCGAUCAACUUUCAGCCAAACUGGCUCAUUGACGCCGAAAAUCACACCGCUCUCCACUGGGCCUGCGCGAUGGGCGACGUCGACGUCGUCAGACAGCUCAAAAAGUUCAACGCCGGCAUUGCAGUCAAGAACAUUCGCGGGGAGACUCCGUUCAUGCGAUGCGUUAAUUUUACCAACUGCUACGAGAAGCAGACAUUCCCUGCCGUCAUGCAAGAGCUCCUCGAAACUGUUGAGGCGCGGGACAAUGCUGGAUGCACCAUUAUUCACCACGCCGCCGUCAUGAAGAAUGGCCGCGUUUUCAGCCCAUCAUGCUCACGCUACUACCUGGACAUUAUUCUCAACCGUCUGCAGGAGACCAUGGAGCAUAGCGCUUUCCAGCAGUUGCUCGAUGUCCAGGAUAGUGACGGCAACACCGCCCUCCAUCUAGCCACCCAAAGAAAUGCCCGCAAGUGUAUUCGCGCCUUGCUGGGCCGUAAUGCAUCCUCUGAUAUUCCCAACCACGAAGGCGUUCGAGCCGAGGACAUGAUCGCGGAGCUGAAUGCUUCCAAGAAGGAGCGUGGCCCACAACGCUCCUCGUCGCCAUAUGCUCCCGACUCUCAACGACACGCGUCUUUCAAGGACGUAUUCGCCGACAAGCCGUCCAAAAAGGUUCCCCAGCAGUUCCAGUCUGCUGCGGCCACUACAGUGCAGUCCCGCAUCUCGCCUCUGAUCCUAGAAAAGUUCCAAGACUUGGCCAAGAGCUACGACGAAGAGUGGCACGAAAAGAAUGUGGCCGAGACAGAAGCCCAGCGCAUCCUCAGCAACACGCAGACAGAGCUGCACGCCGCCCACCAACAAAUCGCCGAUCUCGAGACGCAGCUCGAGCCCGACGACGUCGCCACCAAGAUCAUGAACGAGGCCAACCUCGCCAAGCACCAGGUGCUGUCGCUCAUCACCCACCAGAACCGGCUGUAUAUUGCGCAGGCCGUCGACGGCGAGCUGAGCCGCUUCAACGGCACCGCCGGCCAGGACGAGUCGUACGACGAACGCCUCAGUCUGGCGCGCCAGCUCAGCCACAUGCUCACGGAGCAGCGCAUGGCCGAGACCGAGUACGUCGACGCCCUCAGCAUGGUCGGCGUCGGCGACAAGAUUGAAAAGUACCGCAAGCUGCUCAAGCGCUGCCUCGACCCCAAGGACGGCGAGAGCUUUGACAAUAACAUCGACAGCAUUAUUGAGCUCAUGGAGGAGGAGCGCGAUCUGCAAGACCGAGACGGCUCGACGGCGGGGCCGGAGCCCAUAGACAUGGGCGUCGUCAUAUGA